AAAGCAGCACUAAUAGCAGCCAGGCAUAAUAAGGCAAUGCAAAGAAGGAAAAGCGGCGUACGAACUCUCUGUCAGACUCUCACGCACUGAGGCAUAACUCUCUCAUCUUUCAUUACUUACUCUUCUCUCUCUCAAACAUCCAAAGCUCCAAACCAAAACCUGUUUUGUUCCCAGUCUCUGAAGACACACAAGUGUUAGUGUUACAGACACACCAUCCAUACAAACAGAUGUUGGAAGCCAAGUGUCUCAAAAAAGCAGUGGUUCCUUCCACUUUGAUUCAAGACCCUUCUCCUGGAAGCCUUCAGUGCACACGCCUUGCUCUCCGUGUUAGCGAGGACCAAAGUUCUUGUUUUGUUUACAUUGCCUCCGGUCCCCACAUUUAUAGGCUCCACAUUGCUCUGGGAGAAUCUUCAAUCAGCGAAGGAAAAGAUAGCCUAUUGAUACCUGAACACACUGAGAUUAUUGCCUCGUCGUUACUCAGUCGAUGCCCUCAUCGUUCAGAAAUUCAGAGUAUUGCUCUUGCUGAGGUGGAGAGCUGUGGCUAUGUAAUGUUGGGAAGUGUGGAUUCAUAUGGUCAUCUCAUUGUGUCUAAACUAGAUGCGUCUGGUGAAGAUGUUGACAAGCUAACAUAUUCUGCAUUGCCUCAUGAUAAUGGUAUUGGGGAAGGAAGUUGGUCAGGACUCUGCUUUUGUCCAAAUCAAUGGUCUAUGACUGCUGUUGCCCGUAGUUUUUGCAAAACCAUUGAUAUUUAUGAUCAAGACAUCCACAUUCGCACAUUACGACCGCUUUGGUACCCUACUUCAUUAAACUUCUUGCAAGACGGAGUUAAUGGAAAUCAAAGUUCUACCUUAGCUAUUACAGAAGGAAGCCAGCUGACAAUGUGGGACUUGAGAAUGAAAGAAAAUGGUGGUUGUGUACAUCGGAUUUGUGGCAUCCCUGGCGAUAUCUUUUAUGCUGUUUGCAGUUCUUCCAAUGGUAAUGUUGCUGUGGGUGGAGCUGAUCGUACUGUGACUAUUUAUGAUCCUCGCAGAUGGUCGGCACUGUCUAGAUGGGUGCACUGUUCAAAAUAUGAGAUAACAGGACUGGCUUUCUCAACAAUUGACCCUGACUGUAUCUAUAUUCAAGGGGUUGAUUAUGAGGUCUUUUGUGGCAAAUGGAAAGAGAGCAACAAAACAUUUUCAUUUAGAGGAGACUCAAAUUGGCUUGGCUUUAGUAAGUGCUCCGACAAAGAUGUUUUGGCUGGAUGGUGUGAUUCAGGCAGCAUAUUUAUAGCUGAUGUUGCGAGUGCAAUUUGAUAAAGUGGUGUCUGUCCAGUAAUUUUCCCAUCUCUGUAGAAAAUUGUCACCUCAAUGUAUGUAUGUAACCAUGGUUGAGUUUCAUGUUUGAAGGGAAAAAGAAAAAAAGGUGGAUUUAGUGUGAUUAAACUUUAUAUGCAGUACAUGUUAUAAUGCAUUUCUAAUGCAUUAUUUUUGUGCACUGUAUUGAUUUUGUGAUGUUCAUUUUAAGUUCCUAUUUUGACAAAUUAAUUAUUGAAAUAUCAAGGCUAAUUGUAUGGUAUACAAAGAAGGCCAUUAUUGUGUUAUAUGGCAUUGAACAUGGGCAUAUGAUCAUUCAAUGAGCAGAUAGUACUUUUAAGA